UGCUUUGUGGGUGUCUGAACGGACGGUAGUCAGAAAAACAUGGAGAAUAGGCCGGCGCCGCUUCGUUCCAGGCGGGUCUGCCGAUUCUGCUUGACGGAAUCCGAGCCACUUAGCUUCAUUUAUGAAAGGGAUCAUAAUAAACCGUUUCAAGUACCGCUUACCCUGCAGAUCAUGUCGUGCGUCGCCAUAGAGGUGUAUGCAGCAGAUGGAAUGCCACAAAUGAUAUGCAGCAUGUGUCGCUGGAACCUGGACCGUUCCUACAAGUUUAAGCUUCAAUGUAAGAAAGCAGAUGAAGCAUUAAGAGCGUAUCCAUUAUCUGGUGUUUUACCAAGACCAUUUCCUCCAAUUCCAAAUGAUCCACCUGAUAUGAAUAACAAGCGACCUUCUGAACAAAGGUCCCAAAAUGAAGGUGCUAAAAAACCUAGAGUUGAUAAUGGUGAUAGGGAAAGACGAGAAAACCGGGAACGAGACAGAGAUCGAGAAAGGGAACGAGACAGAGAUAGGGAACGUGACCGAGAUCGUGAUAGAGAAAGGGAAAGAGAACGAGAUAGGGAUAGGGAAAGAGGAAGGGAAAGAGAUAGGCAAGCAGAAAAACAAAGAGAAAAAGAAGAUCAACAUGAUUUCUAUGAAGAGGAACACGACGGUGGUAGCGAAGGUGAUCAAGAGACAAACAGCACUAAAGAAGAGCUUAAAUUAGAACCAGGUGAGAUAAGGGUACAUGCAUGUGAUCAAUGUGAUCGUACUUUUCCUUUACGUCAAGCUCUCGUUCUCCACGUUCAAAGAGCUCAUCGUGACCGCAAUUAUAAAUGCACAGAAUGCGACCGCAUGUUCUUCUCUAAAUAUGAUCUUGGAAAACAUAUGACUACACAUUCGGAGGAGAAACCAUUCUCUUGCCCAGUAUGUAACAAACAGUUUUCAAGAGCAAAUUUGCUACAGCGUCAUGAGAAAGUUCAUAGAGACGAAUUACGUUAUGGCUGUCAACAUUGUGACCGUGAAUUCUUUACAACCGAAGAAUUAGAAAAACACGAGGAUUCUGUGCACAAAAAAGAGAAACCCUUCCAAUGCAAUAUUUGUAAUAAGCGUUUCACAUAUAAACAAGGUCUGGAACGUCAUGAGGUGCUACAUAACGAAGACAAGACAUUUAAUUGCGAAUACUGUAAGGAAGCAUUCCAUACAAGUACAAAGUUAGCUCGUCAUUUAACAACUCAUGCUGGACAUCGACCAUAUUUAUGCAAACUUUGCCCUCGUUCAUUCCUGCUAUCUCAUCAUUUGACCAGACACAUGCGGACACAUUCUGUAGAAAAGCGUCAUGUUUGCGAGGAUUGUGGUAAAGCAUUUAAACGUAAAGAGAGCUUAGAAGUACAUCAGCUAACGCACACAAAACGCACAGGUAUGGGGUUGACAUGCGAUGUUUGCCAGGAGUCGUGUCGGAACAGAGCGGAUUACGUCACUCAUAUAAAACAACACAUUGAAGCUGGUGAAAAAAUGGGACCAGAUGGAUUGCAGCCAGACAGUAAAACUAAACUCGAGUUAGAUUCUGACGAGGACGAAGAGGAGGAACAAUAUUCGGAUGGAGAUGACGAUUACGAGCCACCAGCAUACAUUGUCAAAAAGCUUCCAAAACCAAGCAAACCGAUGGAAAGUGAGGAGGAACAAGACAGAUCUGAAAAAGACGAGAAUCAAAAGGAACAAGUCGUAUUCGUACGACACAAGGAUGGAAAUAUGAUUAAGAAAACUAUCAAAACAUUAAUGCCUAUUCAACGUAGGGAAGUACAAGAUACGAAGGUGAAGCAAAGUCCAAGUAGCAAUCAAUCUCAGAUGAAUGCGAAACCUUCGCAAUCUAAACAGAACGACGAACCUCCAAAAUCUUCUCGCGUGGACGAGACAGAAGCACAAGUCCAAAAGAUUGUAGCAUCUGUAUUCAAGGAGCACAAGAUUCCUUUGAAACAUCAAAGCGGUCAAGAACAAAAUAAAGAUUCACCUACGUCUGCGAAUCAAGCAAGAUCUCAGCAAGGGCAAAGUAAUUCACAGAAUCAAGUUUCAGGUAAAGAAGAGAAAGUGGAAGCAUCCCCGUCGGUCAGUGGUACACCCAAAGCUAUAAAUACUAUUAAGGUAAUAAAAAGAAUUGUUGUAAGGAAACCAAGUGGGAGUACCGAAACAACAACUAGUGCAAUAAAAGACGGAGAUGGAGCAGGUACCAGUCAGACACACAGUGGGCACAAAGUUACAAAACGGGUUAUCGUUCGUAGAAUCAUUCGUCAAGGAGAUACUACGAGAGAAGUUAUUAUGAAUCCAGAUGGUACAAUAAUAGAUCCAGCAGAGUUAGCUAAAUUACCAACUGGCAAUGUUGUAAAAAGGGUUGUUGUUAAGAAACCUCUUGAUAAACAUCAAAGUCUUGUUCAAGCUGUAAUGCAGUCACCUACAGACGUAAAACAAUCAUCUAGUACAGUAAAAAGUAAUGACUCCUCUCUAAAUGAAUCUUCCAAGUUUGAGUUGAAAACAUCUCAGUCUACAAGUACACCUUCUUCGGUAACGAAAACAACUACUGUACAAAAACCUAUAUUAACCCGAGGUGAUCAAGAAACUAAAGAGAAACUAGAACAGCUGGAGAAAAGAGUGGAACAACAACGCUUAAAGAUAGAAGAAUUAGAGGCACGUAAGCAGCAAGAAUACGAACCUCUCGAGGAGUUGUCACCAGAACGCCACGACGAAUCUGAUGAUGAACAACAGUUACCUUUGAAGAGAGUAUUUGUGAAGAAGAAGCAAAGUAUGUACGACGAAGAAAAAGAGUAUACUGACACCGAUGUGACAGUACAUUCCACAAAUCCUGCAACAACAACAGCACUUGUGACAACAACUACGACAGUAAAGAAACAAGAUGUUCGUUCUGAACCGGAACCAGAGAAAAAUAAAGCUGAAAGUGAAGUAAAACAAACAGAAAAUGUACAGAAAGAAACAACUUCAGCAACACCAAAACCGGUAACUACGAUUUCGACAACAGCAACACCAACAACUGUUACUGCUGGUAGAAGAGAAGGUAAGCAACCAUUGAUAACCAGCUCUAAGGUUUAUGGAAAUAAGAAAAUUAUUGUUGUAAAGACAGAAGAAACAUCAGAAGUGGACGAAAUGAAUAGAGAACUAUGUGAUAUAUUAGAUUCAGCUGACGAUGUAGCCAAGAUGCAAGAAACAGUUCUAAACAAUCUCACUCAAAUAUCGCCUCUUGCUGAAACUUCUCAGAAAAGUUUUGAUGACAAAGCGAAAGCAGGUCCUUCUAAUGCAGAUAACGAUACAUUGAAAGAAGAAGUUAUCGGAACCGAAUCCGAAGAUCAAGAAAUGAGCAUUAAACUGGAAAAUGUUGUUUCGUUGGAAGUGGUGGAUUCGCAAGAAUCUGACGUUAAAAUGGAAGAAACAGUUUCUGAAGAACAAGUCAUUGAACAACCCGAACAAAAUUCAAAUUUAACUUUAGAUGAACAAGAUCUUUCGGAAUCUACGGAUAUUUUUGAACCUUCAGACAAUGUAUUAGAAGCUCAAAAGAAUGAAUUAUCAGAUUCUGUGAUAGAACUUGAUCACGACAGUCAUACAAUUAAUUUGAACGAUACCAACGAGAGUCAAGAUAGUCUUGAAGACAAACUUCAACAAAUGGAAGGAUGAAUUUUUCUCCUAUAUAACAUUGACUAAAGAAACGUACAGUGAAUGUCUGUUUAAUAGAGCUUUGGUUUAAAACCAAAGUUUUCAUUUAAACAAGAGUAUACUUUCAAUUACGAUUUUAUAAAUUCAAAACUUGACCUCUAUACAUUUUGGACAGAUAUUGAUAAAUAAUGAUCGUUUUAUCACCAGAUUUAUUAAUCGCAUGAGCUUGAAGUAAUCUAUAUGUUACUAUUAUAUUACAAUCUAAACUUCCUUAUGUAUCUUUCAUUUCCUUAUGUCAAUUGUAGGUAGAAUUAUAUCUACAAUGUUGAUGAUUAUAGUAAGGUAUGAAAAUAAGAUAGUGCCUAGUAGCAAACAUUUCCCUACAUUCUUCGUAACAAAUUUCAUUUGAAUCCUAAUGAAGAAUUCAUCGAUCUUUCGCAUAAAAUAUAAAUAAACAAUUCAUCUUAGUUGACAAAGCGUGUAAAUUUCAAGUACUUCUUUUAAGUGUCUGACUUAUCAUUAGGUAUAUCUGGUAUAUUUACCUUUGGUAAAUACCAGACAAAAGAUGUACAUAUGCCAGGCACCGUUUAUUUUGCGUAUUCUUUGUGAUUGUCAAAAUUUUUUACUCGACAUAAUUACGGAAUUACGUUAUAUUCCCAUUGUUAUAUAUAAAUAUGACUCCACUGUUGGGAACAGACAAGGUACUUUAAAAUGUUAAGCUUAAUGUAACAUUUAAUCAUGAUGAUUUUAUGAUGCUGAAAUAGAAAUGGUACAUAGAUUAUUCAAUAUUCUCUAAACAUUUAAAGCUAUGUAUCAAAUACAAAGUAUGGUGUGUGAACGUAA